AUGUCUAGUGAGGAGUGGGUGAGACCUUUGGAGGGGUGGUGGAAAUUUAAUUUUGAUGGUGCCUCUAAGGGCAAUCAUGGACCAUCUGGGGAAGGGGUUAUUGUUUGGGAUUGGAAGGGUGAGGUGAUAGCUUUAGGUGCUCAAAAGCUUGAUGAAGGCACAAAUAAUAUAGCAGAAGCAUCAACAACAUUGUUAGUGGUUAGAAUUGGUAAGAUGUUGGGUGUUAGGAAACUAAAUCUAGAGGGGGAUUCCUUGAUUGUCAUUCAAGCUAUUGUGAAGGGUAGUAUAGAGGUGCGGCACUUGCAAAAUCAAAUUAAUAGUAUAAUUGAAGAACUUAAAUGUUUUAAUGAUUACAAAGUUAGUCAUGUAACGCAAACAUGGAAUGUGGAAGUGGACAUUCUUUUUAAAUGGGCGUUGUCCUUUAAUGUGAAUGGAGAUUUAAAAAUUGAAUACUUUCGGCAGGCUUUGUUCGAAGAGGAGUAA